AUGGCGUCCUGGCUGCUGACGCGCUCCUCUAGAGACUCCGUUACCACCGCUGGGAAGGUUUUGAACACAGACCUGCGCCACUACCUUAGCCUGCAGUUCCAGAAGGGCUCGUUGGACCACAAGCUGCAGCAGGUCAUCCGGGACAACCUCUACCUGCGCACCAUCCCCUGCACCACUCGGCUGCCCAGAGAAGGGGAGGUGCCCGGGGUGGACUACAACUUCAUCAGCGUGGGAGACUUCCGUAUCCUGGAGGAGAGUGGUCUUUUGCUGGAGAGUGGAACCUAUGAUGGUAACUACUAUGGAACCCCAAAGCCCCCAGCAGAGCCCACCCUGGUGCAGCCUGACCUGGUGGAUCAGGUGCUGUUUGAUGAGGACUAUGACAACGAGGUCCAGCGUAAACGCACCACGUCCGUCAGCAAGAUGGACAGGAAGGACAGUGUGGUCCCUGAGGAAGAAGACGAUGAUGAGAGGCCACCUCUGGCCAACGGCCUCCCAGAGCACAAAGAAGGGGCAUCGUGGAGGAAGGCGGUGCCCAGCUACACCCAGUCCAGCAGUGCCAUGGACUUCCGUAUGUGGAGCUCUCUGCCCGGCGAUGACAGCCUUGAACCCCUGCCUCUCAACUGGGAGAUGGCCUACACCGAGACGGGCAUGGUCUACUUCAUAGAUCACAAUAGCAAGACCACCACCUGGCUGGACCCCCGCCUGGCCAAGAAGGCCAAGCCCCCAGAGAAGUGUGAGGAUGGAGAGCUUCCGUAUGGCUGGGAGGAGAUAGAGGACCCACAGUAUGGAACAUAUUAUGUAGAUCACAUCAACCAGAGAACCCAGUUUGAGAACCCAGUCCUGGAGGCUAAGAGGAAGCUGAGCCAGGAGACUACUGCUUCUAUCCAGCAGGGGGCACCACCUCCCCCAGGUGAGGGAGGUGCGUCAGGCUUCACCCCAAACCCGUCCCAGCUGCAGGGGGAGAUGUUCCACACUGCUCUGAGGAAAAGCUCCCAGGGCUUUGGCUUUACCAUCAUAGGGGGCGACCGCCAUGACGAGUUCCUGCAGGUGAAGAAUGUCCUCAGCGACGGCCCUGCUGCCCAUGACAACAAGAUCACCUCCGGCGAUGUGAUCGCCGAGAUCAACGGGACAUGUGUGCUGGGGAAGACCCACCCUGAGGUGGUGCAGAUGUUCCAGUCCAUCCCAGUAAGUCAGUAUGUUGAUAUGGUGCUGUGCCGCGGCUACCCACUGCCCCCAGACGUGGAGCAGGACACCGAGAACCCCCCUCCCCCGCCUCCUCCGCUCCUGCAGGGGGGCGAGGUGAUGACGGCCGUGCCCCUCAUCAAUGGCCAGCCCCUGCUGGUGAAGGGCAACGUGCUGCAUGGCUCCUCCCAGGAGCUCCACUACGUCACCACCGACGCCAACGGACGGCCCAUGGUGGCCGCGCUGCCCAAUGGGAGGCUCCCUGAGCAGGGGGGAAGGGGCCUGCUGCAGCCCGAGUUGGUGACCGUGCCCCUAGUGAAGGGCCCGGGAGGGUUUGGCUUUGCCAUCGCAGACUGUCCCUUGGGCCAGAAGGUGAAGAUGAUCCUGGACGCCCAGUGGUGCCGCGGCCUGCUGAAAGGGGAUGUGAUCAAGGAGAUCAACCAUCAGAAUGUUCAGAUGCUGAGCCACGCCCAGGUGGUGGACAUCCUCAAAGACCUGCAGGUGGGGAGCGAGGUCAACGUGCUGGUGCUCAGAGGAGGUCAGACAUCUCCUGUGAACAGCCUGAAACCUAGGCAGGAAAUGACAGCUAGCACAGAGACUCUGGACUGUGUCACAGACUCGGUCCCCCAGGCCCUCCCCUACCACUCCAACACCUCAACCCUGCGCAAUGACUCCCCCAAACGAGACGCCACAGAGAUGUACCUGAAGUCCAAGGCCCUGCUGGAGAGCAAGCAGCCUCACACCAAAGACCUGGAUGUGUUCAUCAAGAGGGACCAGGAGACUGGCUUUGGCUUCCGUGUUCUGGGAGGAGAAGGUCCAGAGCAGCCAGUGUAUAUAGGUGCCAUCGUGCACCUUGGUGCAGCUGAGAAGGAUGGACGCCUGAGGGCUGGUGAUGAGCUCAUAGGCAUCGAUGGAAUCAUGGUCAAGGGCCGCUCCCACAAGCAGGUUCUGGACCUGAUGACCAACGCUGCCCGCAACGGUCAGGUCAUGUUGACCGUGCGUAGGAAAGUAAUCUACAGAGAUAUGACUGAGGAGGAGGCAGGGCUCCACAUGGCUCCAGUGUUGGUGAACGGCUCCCCCAGACUCCCUCGUAUCCAGAUGCCCAGUGUGCUUGACCACGAGUCCUUCGACAUCACCCUCCACCGCAAGGACAGCGAGGGCUUUGGCUUUGUCAUCCUCACCUCCAAGAGCAAGCCCCCACUAGGAGUGAUCCCUCAUAAGAUCGGACGCAUCAUCGAAGGCAGCCCCACUGACCGCUGUGGCCUGCUGAAUGUAGGCGACCGCAUCUCAGCGGUCAACAGACAGUCAAUCGUGGGGCUGUCUCACAAUGACAUUGUUCAGCUCAUCAAGGAUGCUGGCAACGCUGUUACCCUCACCGUGGUCCCUGAGGACGAAUAUAAGGGCCCUCCCUCUGGAGCCAGCUCAGCCAAGCAGAGCCCCGCCCCUCAUCAUAGAGCUAUGGGUCAGAGGUCAGCCAUGCAGGACGAGCGUUAUAACCUAGAUCUGGAGGAGGAGAAGAGGGAGGGAGUCACCUGGGCCGACUACAAAACUCUGCCUCUGAGCGAACAGGGAACAAUGUGUGUUACAGGCCCUAAACAGGGCUGUAUCACGGUGGAGCUGGACCGGGGGUCCCGGGGUUUUGGCUUCAGUCUGAGGGGAGGGACUGAGUACAACAUGGGCCUGUACAUCCUGAGAUUGGCUGAGGAGGGGCCUGCCCUGCUGGAUGGCAGGAUCCACGUGGGAGAUCAGGUAGUGGAGAUAAAUGGAGAGCCGACCCAGGGCAUCACCCAUACCCGCGCUAUUGAGCUGAUCCAGGCUGGGGGCAGCAAAGUGCUGCUCCUGUUAAGGCCAGGGCAGGGGCUGGUACAAGACAACAGUGAUUGUGUCCCCUCUACUGUGUGCUACUACUCAAACGAGCACCACCACUAACCACUUCACUGUUUUUACUGGCCUGUCCUCUUUUACCUUGGUAAAUUGGAUCCAACCGUCACUUCACCCACAAGCUUUCCUAGAGAGGCGCUUGUCUCAGAGAUGUCCCCUCUCUCUUCUCCAUUCUCCACCUGCACCUCCAUCUCAGGUUCCUCCUCUUUCACCAGUGAGACCACUGACUGGAACUCCCUGUCCCCCCGAACACUCCACCCCCAGAGCAGCAGGGGCACUGGCUCAGUUGAGUGGAAUGGAGAGUGGGCAGACAGGCAGGCUGACAGGCUCUCUCCCAUUACCCCUGAGCAGAUCAACCUCUACAAGGUCAAACCAGGUCAUACCAGGUCUAAAGACUCCAAGGAGCCCAGCAGCCCAAAGAAAACAGAUGAAACAUUCUCUAACGCCAAAGAGCGCUCACACAGUCCCAAAAAGUCUGAGAGGAAGGCACAGGAAGCAGAUCCAAGCAAAGACAGGAAGUCCCACCCCCAGAAAGGAAGUCGGUCACCCAGCCCCAGGAAGUCUACUCGAGAAGGACAGGAAGCCUCGGGCCAGCUGCAUGUAAAGAAACAGCAGGUACAGCAGAGCACAUCAAAGGAGCUUUCCAGCAAGGAGCCCUUUGAUGAAAACAAAAACAGCAAAAGGGGGAAUUCAAAGGGCAGGAAAAGCACACAGGAGAGAGAAGGGAUAGCGGGAACGACCAAGGCUGCCCAUGACCAGGUCAGUAUUGAAAAGAGAGUGGGGACAGAGGCAGGACAUCACAGGCCAACCCCUAUGGAGACAGGGGCAUGGAGAGAUAUUCUGAAAGUUACUCUGGAGAAGAGUAAACCGAGAGACGGGGAAAAGGAAAAACGCAAAGAGCAGAAAAGCAAAAAAGACACAGGGGCUUCCUCAAAAGAGGGAAAGACUAUAAAAUAUUCUGGGGCCUCUACAACAGAGGGAAAGAGUAGAAAAUACUUGGUGGCCUCUCCAACAGAGCAGCGGAUCAGAAAAGACACACAGUCCUCCCCAAAUGCCAUUCAGGAGGAUCCUCUGAGGCAAAAGGGUCGGAUUAGCCCUGGCCCCUGGAAAGUUCCCAGCUCAGCCAGAAUCCUCUCCCAGGCUGAGGUGCUGCGUAAUCCCCUUUACUGAUACAGUAUGGACAACACUGUGUGGACACAUAAUCCCACAGACUUGAGCUUUACCACAACAUGCUGUAUAUUGUUGGUCUGUUUCUUUCGCCAAUGAGAGGGAUGGACGAGGAAUGGCAGGCAACCUUAUCGGCCAUGUGUCAUGUCCAGCUGUGUCCAUGAAGAGGACUUUUUUAACCUCUAUUGGCCUUUGACAUUGGGAAUGGCAUGUAACGCCAACGCUGUCAUCUCUCUUCCUGCCUCAUGUGCUGCUUCAGACAUUUCUGAUCUGGGCUGUACGCAUGUUUGGCAUGUUUAGGGCCUUGCCAGUCAGUGACACUUAAAAAUGUGAUCAUGUGCCAAUUCUUGGACGUCUUGUAGAAUUAAUACUAACCAUGCUUCACCCAUUAUAAUGCAUUUAUUAUCCCAUAUGCAACCAAGGAGAACGGUCUCCAACCCACACAAAGGUAACCUGUCAGUAAAGGUUUUAUUUUCAUGUUGGGUAUCUACAGCAAGCACCUUGAGAUUGACCUUUUCACAUGGCACUCUUUUCCGAAGGGAUUUGCUCAACUUCAUGCGGUCCAUAUGUUUAUUUUAUUGCACGCCUUUACCACUCCACUGAGGAUGAUCCUUUCUCCUGAUGUGAAAAUACUGAUGCUGAAGUUCUGACCUUAACACCAUGUAGAGAUUUCAGACUUUAUUCAGAAAGCAUUAGCUUUACCAAGGAUUCUAGACUGUUCUAAGACAAUAGACAUUGUUCCUGAAUACAAAAUACAUCAUUACAAAAGACCAGAAAC